AUGUCUCAACUAGGAGGACUAGGAGGCAUGUCUCAACUAGGAGGUCUAGGCGGCAUGUCUCAACUAGGAGGACUAGGCGGCAUGUCUCAACUAGGAGGACUAGGAGGCAUGUCUCAACUAGGAGGACUAGGAGGCAUGUCUCAACUAGGAGGACUAGGCGGCAUGUCUCAGUACAGCAGUCAGUCCUCGACCAAGAGAGAAGUGUACCAACUUCCAACAGAGGGCAGCACACACACCAACGUUACACACACCAUGAUCAACGACCCCAGCACACACACCAACGUUACACACACCAUGAUCAACGACCCCUACCACUCAGGUAGUGUAUCAAUUUAAUACAUUUAUUUGUCUCUCACUCUGUCUCUCACUCACUCAUUCUGUCACUCUCUCACUCACUCCCUCACACAAACAGACAGCGUCUCAUCCUCCCUCACACUCUUAACCCCCUCUCCUCCCCCUAGGAGACGGUAUGAUUAUGAUGGGACACACAGAGACCAGCGGCAUGGUGACACGUCAUGUGACGAAGGAGGUGGUCCAGAGGAGCAUGCAGGUGGCCGGCACCAGCAGCGUCACCAAGAAGGUUGA